UUCACAGCGGUAGCAGAAGCUUAUCAACCCAGAUCGCCUAAUUUAGCCUUGAUCAUGCUUCCGCGCCAUAGGUGGCAACCCAGUGCGUGCGCCACUAGAUCCAUAUCAUUCACGCCUUGUGCUGGCCAUCUAUCAAGUCUGUUUAUUCCUCAUUUAAGACCCCCAAGCAGAGCUCGCGCUCCGAGAUAACCAACCGAACACACGCGCUCCCAUUCUCGCUCUCACUCUCACUCCACAAGACUGGCCAUGGACGCUACACAGCCUGUCGUUCCAUCUCUGCCGUCCCUGCCUUCGUUCCAGUUUAUCAUGGGGCCGGCGAUGCUCCUCAUCUGUGUCUCGCUGAUGUUGUUCGGCGCGUUUAUUGCUCAGGUCUAUUUCUACUGGUUCACAUACAGGAAGGAUCAUCGAAUCCUCCGCAUCCUCGUGGCAACAAUAUGGGUGCUGGAGGCAUUGCAUACUGCAUUCAGCCUGCACUUCCUUUAUGAAUACUUCGUUGUUGACAUUGGCGCCCCAGAGAAGCUGCUAAACAUCGUCUGGAGUAUCGCAGCAGGCUUCGCUGUUGAAUUCACAAUCAUCGGCUUCUGCCAAGGAUUCUUUCUCUUGCGCCUGUGGCGCCUGAGCGGCAGAAACUAUGUAAUUGCAGGGAUAUCUAGCCUGUUUCUUCUAGCUCGUCUAGGCGCAGGGUACGAGGUCUCAACUAAACCUGUGUACCCCGGUGGCCAGCGAACGAUGAACCUUGGCCUGUCCAUGUCGGCAUUCAUCGACAUCUUGAUCGCCUCAUUGAUGAUCUUCUAUCUCAGGAAGAACAUGACCAGCUUUCAGCAUUCCCGGGGUGUCAUUGAGACCUUGAUGUUUUUCUCGAUCAAUACUGGAGCGCUCACCAUUCUUGGCUCCCUUAGUGCACUGUUCCUUUUCAACUUCAUGAGCGAGAGUCUGGCGUAUGGGGCGGUGAUUCUACUUCUGGGAAAAUUGUAUGGAAACUCUGUCAUGGGAUUGUAA